AGAAAAACAUGGGAAAAGUAUCUUUGGGAUGUUAUUAUCACAUAAGUUCUCACUCAUGUUUAAGAAAAAAAAAAAGUUUCAGAGGCUGAAACUCUGCGUGAGAGGGUAUUUAGUUAAACCCUAAACUUUAAUUUAAAAAAAAAAAAAGAUUAACCAUCUCUCCUUCCCCUCCCGCGCCCCCCCUCAACACCACUGUUCACCGGCCAAACUGUACCAAAUUUUAUACACUUGUAGAUUUCAACAUUCUCCAGACGUCUAUUCCAUUUAUUUUUCCUUGAGUAGUGUGGAUUUUCAUGAUCUAAGGGAAGAGAUAUUGGACCUGCUGCCAGCUUAGUUCCGGUCAAACUCAGCCGUCACCGCCACGAUUAGAUGCGACCAAUGUACUCCUCGGCUUCUGUAAGCUAUGUAUAGAAUUCGAGCUCGAAGAGAGCUGCUUUAACCAUUGAGCAAGAUUAGUGUGGGUUUAAUGUGAAAUUGGAGAGAGACAGAGAAAGGCACAAUGGAGGAAUCAAAAUUGGAGAAAAAGAAUGUACCGGUUUUGCCAUGGAUGAGAUGUCCAGUUGACAUUAAACAAUUUGAAGAAUGCUCUCUUGAUCUUGUUCCUUGCCUUGACCCUAGGUUAAAGGUGGCUUUAGAGAAUAUGGGUUUCACAUCAUUAUUUGCAGUUCAAGUUGCUGUUUGGCAAGAAACAAUAGGACCUGGUAAUUUUGAAAGAGACCUUUGUAUAAAUGCACCAACAGGAAGUGGUAAAACUCUAGCUUAUGCUUUACCAAUUAUUCAAAUGCUAUCAACCCGCUCUAUCAAGUGCCUACGCGCUUUGAUUGUGUUGCCUACACGAGAUUUAGCAUUGCAGGUUAAACAAGUAUUUGCUGCACUUGCACCUGCAGUGGGAUUAUCUGUUGGUUUGGCUGUUGGUCAAUCUUCAAUUGCUGGUGAAAUUUCUGAGCUUAUUAAAAGACCUAAGCUUGAGGCUGGCAUUUGUUAUGAUCGAGAUGAUGUUAUUCUUAUGCAAGAGUUACAGACUUCUGUGGAUAUUUUGGUGGCCACACCAGGACGCCUUAUGGAUCAUAUUACUAACACGAAAGGAUUUACGCUUGAGCACCUUUGUUAUCUUGUUGUUGAUGAAACAGAUCGUUUACUCAGGGAGGCAUACCAAUCUUGGCUUCCUACAGUGCUCAAAAUGACUAGUUCUCAUGAUGAAAGUAUCUUGCCUCGUGCUAAUAAUUUCUUUGCUUCUACAUUUGGUCCUUUGAGAACCAUAAGGAGAUGCGUUGAAAGGGGUUUUAAGGGAAAAUCUUACCCUCGACUUGCAAAGAUGGUUUUAUCUGCCACAUUAACCCAAGAUCCAAGCAAGCUUGUUCAACUUGAUCUGCAUCACCCUUUGUUCCUGACAACCGGGCAAAGUCGUUAUCAGCUACCUGAAAAGUUGGAAUCCUACAGAGUGAUUUGCGAGCCAAAGUUAAAACCUUUAUACUUGGUUGCCCUUCUACAAAAUUUAGUAGGGGAGAAGUGUAUUGUUUUUGCAUCAUCCGUGGAGUCAACUCAUCGGCUUUGCACAUUAUUAAAAUUUUUUGGUGAUUUGAAAGUGAAGAUCAAAGAGUAUUCAGGUCUUCAACAUCAAUCUGUAAGAAGCAAGACCCUGAAGGCAUUCCGGGAAGGAAAGAUACAAGUACUUGUUUCCUCAGAUGCAAUGACUCGUGGAAUGGAUGUUGAAGGGGUGAGAAAUGUCAUUAACUAUGAUAAGCCUGCAUACAUAAAGACGUACAUACAUCGGGCUGGUCGGACAGCAAGAGCAGGCCAGGUUGGGCGUUGUUUCACAUUAUUGCAUAAAGAAGAGGUAAGGCAUUUCAGGAAACUAUUACAGAAGGCCGACAAUGAUUCCUUUCCGGUUUAUUCUCUUCCUUCCAGUUACAUUGAGCCUCUUUACCCUACUUAUGAGUCAGCAUUGGAGAAAUUGAAAGAGAAAGUUCAGUCAGAAACAUCCAGGAAGCGCAGAACUGGUUUCAAAUUUCUGGGCCAGGUGAAGGAGAGGCGAAAAGAAAAACAAUCAAACUCAUGAGUAGCUAGCUUAGCUUUAUGAACUAAAAUCUGGCUGCUUUUGCUCAGACAAUCUUUGGGCCUUUACAGGUUAGUUAAAGCAUACUGAAAAUUAAAUAUUUAUCAACUUAUUAAUUCUAUCAGGAAGUUCAUGACAUCAUGAUUUAAAUGUACAACCCCUUUUAUGUACACCAUUGCUUGAUAUGUUUGAAGUGUAUUCUUUUCUCCAUUAUCAAAUAAUAAUCAUCAGCUGGUGUUUCUUGCUU